CGGAAGUGCACUGCCUCCUGAGGUUAACAGCCGCAAUAAUGGCGGAGUUCGGCUCGGGCGGGUUGCUCGCCGCUCUGCUGCUGUUCACGGCCCUGACCCUGCGGGAUGUUUAUGUGGGUCGGACGGACCGCAAAGGCGGAUUAUCUUUGGAUGCUGAAACGGACUCAGAGUCCGGCAAAACCCCGAAAGCAGCCAUGUACUCCGGUCCUGUGCUCCGGUUCCGUUACUGUAUCUCCUGAGGUUACACUAAAGUCUUCCAGGAAUACUCCCAGGCCAUCAGCCAGGUGUAUCCGGACAUUCGCAUCCAGGGCGAGAACUACCCCCCGACCCCCUUGAACAGGUUUCUUGGUAACUUGAUAUCCUAUCUUAAGCUUAUCUCCAUCCUCAUUGUCGUCAGUGGUCAGAAUCCCUUUCCACUCCUCGGCAUUGACACACCGGCUGCUUGGACCUGGAGUCAGAACAACAAGAUCUUCUCGUGUUUGAUGGCCUUCUUCGUCUGUAACAUGAUGGAGACUCACUUCCUGUCUACAGGAGCCUUUGAGGUCACUCUGAACGACGUUCCUGUUUGGUCCAAGCUGCAGUCCGGUUACGUGCCUAAUAUCCAGGAGAUGUUCCAGAUCCUCGAAACACACCUGAAGAUGAACCAAGCGGAUCACAUGACCUUCACCUCCACUUAAAGCUAACAGAGGGAUGAACUUCUACUAGGCUGUGGAUUGAUUGUCAUCAUUCUGCUGUCUUCUCAGCUGUGCUGCGUUCAGGUGUCCCUGCUCAGUGGGACGUUCAGCUGUUGGCGUUCAUGAAGGUGCUGCCUUAAAGCAGGUCUGCCGGGCUGCGCCUGAUCCCACACCUGAUUAACAUCCC